AUUUUUUUUGCCUUUUAAAAAAGCUCCAAUAAAUAACCUUUCUGCAUUUUAUAUUUCACUACAACCAUGGGACCCAUCGACACUAAUAACAAGCGCUCUGCAGCUAAAGUCGACGAGAGCAUGCCCGACAGCACACAAGACAGGGCCGCAAUAACAGCAAAGAAAGCGCGCGUAGACUCAGAGACUUUGAACGCGAAAGCUUGCUUCCAGCCGGGCCUUUUCGACGACGCAGACGCAUUCACCGAGGAGUUUGCCAAAUCGCAGCCAUUCCACCACUGCUGCAUAGCACCAUUCUGCGAUGAGCAGCUUCUGCAAGGUGUGCGCAAGGAGAUGACCGAGCGGCUGCACUUCACACAAAAGGAGACCGACAUUUUCAAGUACCACCAGUCGGGCGAUCUGGCCAACCUCGAUGGUCUGCCUGAGGAGGAGAAGCAGCAGCUACCGAGCCUGCAGAAGCUCAGGGAUGCCAUAUACUCGCAAGAGUUCCGCGACUUUAUUUCCGCAGUUACGGGUUGCGGGCCACUGUCGGGCUCGCGGACGGAUAUGAGCACAAACAGGUACAAGCAGGGUGACCACCUGCUGCUUCAUGACGACGUUAUUGGCGACCGCCGGGUGUCCUACAUUAUUUACUUGCCUGAUCCUGACAUCAACGAUGGCCAGGGUUGGGCACCGCAGGACGGCGGCCACUUGGAGCUGUACCCGCGGGAAUCGACAGAGUCAUGGGCCCCGGCGGUCAACCCCACACGGCGUUUGGCACCGCAAUGGAACCAGAUCGUGUUUUUCACCGUGCUUCCAGGCGAGAGCCACCAUUCGGUCGAGGAGGUCGCAGGCCUGGGAAAGGAGCGGUUGAGUAUCCAGGGCUGGUUCCACUUCCCACAGCCCGGAGAGCCUGGAUACGCGCCCGACCAGAUGACCCGCCUGUGGUCCACCGGUGCUGUGUCCACCCUCAGCCAGAUAGAGGCCAAGCGGCAGCGCGAGACAGGGAGUGUCGGUGACCCAUUCACCGAAUACCCAGAGGCGGAUGACAUUGACGAUGAUUCCGAAGCGCAGCUGUCUGCAGAGGACACGGCAGUCUUGGCAAAGUACCUGAAUCCCAAUUAUCUCAGGCCCGAGGUCAUGACACAGGUGGCGGAAAAGUUUGCCGACGAUUCGCACAUCCAACUCGGCGAGUUCCUCAACAAGGAGACCGCCACUGUGCUUGGCGAGGCACUGAAGGCUGUCGAUGAGCACGACGGCAUGGCUGGCGCAGAGAUGCCGCCGCACGGCACGGGUGAGCGCGGGCGCUGGCAUGCUUUUGGGUCGCCGGUUAUCCGCCGAUUCAUGCGCCUGGAUGGACCAGCAAUGGCCAACCCCGCGGAAGGAACUGUCGACGUAGAUUCUCGAGCCAUUAAGGGAGGCGAGGCUACGGCGACUGACACGCUGACUGCCAUCCGUGAUGAGCUAUUUGCCAGCGGUGCGUAUGCUCGCUGGCUGAGUAGCAUCACGACGCUGUCCCUCUCUGGGCACCGCGGCAUGGUCCGUCGCUUCCGCUCUGGCCUGGAUUACACGCUGGGCACGCCCGACGGCUCUGAAACGACAACGCUGGACGCCGUCCUCUGUUUUGUCGACGAGCCCAGCGAGUGGGCUGAUGGCGUGGUUGGUGGCUACGCGUGUUAUGUUGAUGGUGGCAGUGAUGGCGAUGAGGCCUCUAAUGAUGGCAGCGUGUACCGUCUGACUGAGGACGAGAGCAUUCUGCUUACGACGCCGGCCGCAUGGAACACGCUGAGCGUGGUGAUGCGUGAGCCUGGCGUUGUCAAGUUUGUCAAGUACGUGAGUGCGUCGGCGCCUGGAUCCCGCUGGGACGUCAGCUUUGAGUACCAGGUACAAGCGGAUGAUGACGAGGAGGAUGACAACGAAUAGAGCUAAAAACAUCGG